GGGUAUUACCUUUUUUGACACCAAAAAAUAGAAUUUCAGAUCAACACUGGAGAGUGAUCUUUAGAGAAGAGUCUAUGUGUGUGAAUGUUCUCUUAUAAAGACAAAUAAUCAAUGCACAUGUUCAAAGUAGGCUCGGCAGGAGUGCCAUUCACCCGAUCAUUCCUCACUCGCAUCACAGCCAAAAACAACAGUCUUGUCCGACCUCGAUUCUAUUCUACAGCACCGCCACCACCCGUAGGAAGCAAAACCGUUCCGAGUACUUUCCAAGUCUUUGACCGUGAGGCAAAGAAGGUUCAGAAAAACCGCGCUGCUUCCAACGUAAAGCUGAGCCGACAAGUUGACUAUGUCAAAGACGAAGUUGCAUUCCGUGUAGUUGAUCGACUUUUGGAUAUUAAACGGGAAUUUAAUGAAGUCGUAGAGCUAGGAUCAGGAAGUGGACAUAUCGCCAAACAUGUUGAUACGGACAUGAUGAAGAAAUUGAUUAUGUGUGACAUGUCUGAGGUGAUGCUCAGCCGUGAUGAGGAAGUCGAGUAUGAAGUCCCAGUAGAAAGGCGUGUUGUGGAUGAGGAGAAUUUACCAUUUCCAGAGAACAGUCUGGAGUGUGUCAUUAGCAGCUUAUCAAUGCAUUGGAUCAACGAUCUACCUGGUGCCAUGAUUCAAAUUCAACGUAGCUUAAAGCCUGAUGGAGUAUUUAUUGCAGGACUCUUUGGUGGCGAUACCCUCUUUGAGUUGAGAACGUCAUUACAGCUGGCAGAAUUGGAUCGAGAAGGAGGUAUUUCACCUAGGAUCUCGCCCAUGGCCGACAGUCGUGAUUUAGGCUCUCUACUCUCCCGAGCUGGAUUUACACUAACAACGGUUGAUGUCGAUGAAGUGACCGUCAACUAUCCAAGUGCCAUUGAGUUGAUGGAGGAUCUUAGGGCCAUGGGUGAGAGCAAUGCUGUCAUUAACAGGAGAGGCUUACUCAAGAGAGAUACGAUGUUGGCAGCUGCAGCCAUUUACAAAGAAAUGUAUGGCAACCCUGACGGAACUAUUCCUGCCACCUUUCAGAUUCUGUAUAUGAUUGGAUGGAAGCCUUCACCAACUCAGAACAAGCCUUUGGAACGUGGUUCAGCAAAACACUCUCUAAAAGAACGCUUGGAAGGCAAUGACCUUACUACGACAACAAAAUCUCAAUAAAUGAUGCAGACAUUACAGAGAUUUGAAUGGUGUGUAGCGAGAGCUGUGAAUUUUUCAAUGAAAAUGAACAUUUUUGAUUCCUGAAUGUGAAAAAAAGACAAUAAUUUGGAG